ACCGGCGGUGACGCCGCGCGCGGUGACGCCCGAGAGCGCAGGAGGGAACGGGAGCGGCCGGCGCCAUGUGCGACUUCUCGGAGGAGCAGACCGCGGAGUUCAAGGAGGCCUUCCAGCUCUUCGACCGCACGGGCGAUGGGAAGAUCCUGUACAGCCAGUGCGGGGACGUGAUGCGGGCGCUGGGCCAGAACCCCACCAAUGCCGAGGUCAUGAAGGUGCUGGGCAACCCCAAGAGCGAUGAGAUGAACGUGAAGACGCUGAACUUCGAGCAGUUCCUGCCCAUGAUGCAAACGAUCGCCAAGAACAAGGACCAGGGGUGCUUCGAGGACUACGUGGAGGGGCUGAGGGUCUUCGACAAGGAGGGCAACGGCACCGUCAUGGGCGCCGAGAUCCGCCACGUCCUCGUCACCCUGGGUGAGAAGAUGACAGAGGAGGAGGUGGAGCAGCUCGUGGCCGGGCACGAGGACAGCAACGGCUGCAUCAACUACGAAGAGCUGGUCCGGAUGGUGCUGAGUGGCUGAAGACUCCCCCUACCCCCCCCCCAUGUCCCCUCCCCCCCACUCAGUUUUGUGCCUUUUUCCUCAUUUUCCUGCCACCGCCACCACAUCCCCACAUCCCCACUGUCCCACCCCCUCCCCGAACGCCCCCAGCCCUCCCUCGGCCCCAUCGGCUAAAUUAUUGCUCCACAGCAUCAAAUAAAGUCUCAGAACGUUGAAUGUGA